GUCCACAGAUUACGGAUUAUCUGUAAUCUGUCUUACCUACUCGAUGGGAUGAGGAGAUUUUGUUUUGAUUUUAAUUUUAGUAAAUAAAAUAAAAGCGGAUAUCGUUUUUAUCUGGAUUGCAAUGAAUAAUGAAGAAUUUAAAGAGCGUCUCCGUACAAUGUAUUGAUAGUGAUAUUGCACUCCUUCUUCCUAAUGGUGUCUACGAAAUAAAACAAAUGGAACCCAAAUCUUCCAAGUUGAAAAGAAUAUCAUUUUUUUGUCUAGUGCUAGCCGUUUUUGGAAUUUUAGGUUUUGGAUAUUAUUGCCCAGAUAAGGUAUGCGCACUAAGUUCCCGAGAGCUGCCCAUAUCAGUAGUAGAAGACAAUAUUGGAAAACCUUUAGCACAUAUUUAUAGCACAAAAGUAGGUCUUAGCUAUGAAGAUAUGCUCAAUGAUGAUUUUACUUUUGACAUGGAUUCACAUGAUGUUAUGGUGUUUUUACACAUGCAAAAAACAGGAGGUACGUCUUUCGGAAAACACUUGGUUCAUGAUUUAGAUUUACAAAGGCCAUGUACUUGUCCUCUUACAAGAAAACGGUGUUAUUGCUUCAGACCACAUUCUAAUCAAAGUUGGCUGUUUAGUAGAUAUACCACUGGUUGGAAAUGUGGUUUGCAUGCAGAUUGGACUGAAUUAACAAAUUGUGUUGAUGGAAAAUUAGAUGAAAUCGAAGGAACACAAAUAAAAAGAAGAUAUUUCUAUAUAACCUUGCUAAGAGAACCAAUAUCAAGAUAUCUAUCUGAAUUCAGACAUGUCCAACGUGGGGCAACAUGGAAAGGGUCUCUCCACACUUGUAAUGGAAGACCAGCUACAGAUGAUGAAAUACUACCAUGCUAUAUUGGUGAAACUUGGGAAGGAGUCAAAAUCAAUGACUUCAUUGAUUGUGAGUCGAAUUUAGCAAUAAAUAGACAAACAAGAAUGCUUGCAGAUUUAUCCUUAGUGGGUUGCUAUGAUAGAAGCUAUAUGACAAAAUCUGAUAGAGAUCGAAUAAUGCUAGCAAGCGCAAAACGUAAUCUGAGAUCAAUGGCAUUUUUUGGUCUCACAGAAUAUCAGAAAAUAUCUCAGUAUAUUUUUGAAGAGACUUUCAAUCUUAGAUUUGCUAUACCUUUUGAACAAAAUAAUUCUACCGUUUCUAGUUCAACAAUACCAUUUUUAACUCCCACUCAGGCAACAAAAAUAGCCACAUUGAAUAAUUUAGAUAUUGAGUUGUACAAAUAUGCAAAAAAAUUACUAAUGGAAAGAUUUGAAAAAGUUAAAUCAAGAGAUGCAGAUUUCGAAUCACGGUUUAAACAUUUAGGUGAGCUAAGUGAGAGAAAUGGGAAAAGUGAGUUUGAUUGGGAUAACCUUCCCGAUAAUGAUUAUGUUAAAAAAUUGGAUUGAUAAUCCUGACCUUACUUGUGAUAUUGCACUCUUCACCUUCCCCAUUUGAGGAAGUCACUUUUUCGUACAAUAUGUGUACGGAUUUUUGUAUUAUACACUUCUGGGUAUAAUAUUAUAUUAAUAUUGUAUCACUUCACACAGAAUCUUCUUUAUAUCGAAAGUUUAAAAGAAAAACAGGUUAAGCCGCUUACAUCAUAUUGAUAUGAUAUUCCAUGUUUUAAAAGUAACAUGUUAUUGAAGGAUUAAUGAGGAAAUUUGGUUCUCAAUAUACAUUGAAGAUUCAAUGAUUAAACCAUAGCAAUACAUAUAAAAGACUAUUAUCUGUUUUUUUUUAAGAUGCAGGUUUUCCUAGAAUUGUCAUAUUGUUGCAUAAUCUAACUGAAAUAUUAGAUCUAUCAAGGAAUUAAUCGGUAGGAGCUCAGCAUGUGGAUUUGCUUCCAAUGCUAGUAACAUUGGUAUAUCUGAUUUAAGCAACAUGAAACCUCAGAUUUAGAAUAUGUCUGAAAUUAUACAACAAUAUCAUAAUAUUUAUUAUCUGCCAUAUAGUUUCUUGGUUCACAUUGUACCAAUUGAAAGACCAAAAAAUAAUAUGCUGCACUAGCUAGAUUCAUCAAAUGAAUCAUAUUAUUCAACUGAGCUUAUCCAAUAAUAAAUUGAAGAAAAUACUCCUUAUACUAUAUUAUUUUACCUUGUUAUUCACGAUAUUUCAAUUAUCAAAGUACUUUAGUAGUAUUUACUUUUUCUACAGAUCCAAUAUUGAUACACUAAGGAAGCUAAUUAUUGAUAACUGGGAACUGAAAAAUAAUUUAGAAUUAGAACUUACCGAUUGCAAUAAAAAAUUUAAGUUUAGCAAGAAAAAAAUUAACAAAAAGGCAAACACCAAACAAGAGUAAUACUUAUUUUUUCCAAGCAAACAAAAAGUACCUUUGAUUUGUAUAAUUUUAUUUUUGUACUAUUUGUUGGCUACAAUUUUAUGAUUUACCUAAUGAUAUCCUGUUUUUUAUUUACAUAAUAAUGAAAUGACUGAUAUGAUUUUAUAACCCCCUCUGCAUUACAUGAAGACCUUGUAUUUUCAUUUUCAGAGCCAAAAUAUUUUUUUAUUCAAGACUCAUACAGUCGUAGCAAAAUUAAAGCAAAUAUCUUUUUCAUUCAGCACAGGUGAGAUUAUUUAUAUCGUUUCAUUUAACAAACCAAAGACUAAUCUUGUUUAUGUUGAAGUCAUAUUCUGUGAGAUUUUAUCAUUUUUUCAACGAGAAUUCUUAUUUCUGUCUUCAGUUAUAGGACUUUCAGUUCACUGACAAAUCUAUAUUUAGUAUUAGUUGAUCCUUAUGGAACAUGUUUGAUGUUGAGAAAUAGACUAUUUUUGUUAGAUAUAAUUAAGAAUAAAUCAAUGUAUCUUGCAUGAUCACAAUUAAUAAUUAUAUUCACAGGGUUUUUCAGAAUAUUUAUCAAUUAUUAUACCAGAAAUAUUGAUUAUUUGUCUGGCAAAAUAUGUAGAUUGGUAUUUCUUUCAUUGGUAGUGUAAAGAUGCCUAAAAGUUGAACAUAUCCUUUUAUAAAUUUUUACAUUAAACUAUAAGUUUCAAGUCCUGAAUAAAAGUGCAUGUAUACCUAAAGAAAAUAUAGUUUUUAACAGUU